GAGGGUUAUGGCAGAAUUCACAGCUCCACACGAGAAGCCAGACAAAAAUAAUAACAGAACGUCGAGAUUUAAAAAAGGGCAAAGUGCGCAUAUCUGGCGCGCAUAUGGAACUUACUACGACAAGAAACGAUCCUAUUUGCAGCCAAGAACUAACAGCCCACUUUACUAAUGAGGUUUAAGCCAGGCAUCAAAGAAGAGUGACCAGUCCUCACCAACAGUGCUCAUCACUGGCAGAGAAGCACAGACCUAGUCUUCCCCGUCCCUCACAGGACUGAGUCCUGUUUCCCACAUUUUCUGCACAAGUUUGUCCUCAAGAUCAUUUAAAACUGUUUCUCCAACGCUUCUACCAAAAACUUAGACUGUUUUCCAAAGCAGAAUCGGCCCAGCCCUCCCAAGAGGAAACUAUGGGGAGUGUGAGAGGCCACCGUUACAGCAUUGUGUCCUCUGAGGAAGAUGGCAUGAAGCUGGCGAAUAUUGCCAUGCCAAAUGGCUACGGCAAUGGCAACGUCAACAAGGGGCAUACGCAGCACCAACAUCAGAGCCGCUUCGUCAGGAAGGAUGGCCACUGCAAUGUGCAGUUUAUCAAUAUGAGCGAGAAAGGCCAGCGUUACCUGGCAGAUAUCUUCACCACCUGCGUGGACAUUCGCUGGCGCUGGAUGCUGGUCAUAUUCUGCCUUUCUUUCCUGCUGUCAUGGCUGUUUUUUGGCUUUGUCUUUUGGUUAGUGGCUCUCUCUUAUGGGGACUUGGAGAAUGAGACUCAGAUGUGUGUUUCCAAUGUGGACAGUUUUACUGCUGCUUUUUUGUUCUCAGUGGAGACACAAACCACAAUUGGCUAUGGUUAUCGCUAUGUGACGGAGGAAUGCCCCGUUGCUGUUUUUAUGGUCGUCUUCCAAAGCAUCGUAGGCUGCAUCAUUGAUGCUUUUAUCAUCGGUGCUGUCAUGGCCAAGAUGGCAAAGCCCAAAAAGAGGAAUGAGACGUUGGUGUUCAGUCACUAUGCUACAGUGGCCAUGAGAGACGGCAAGCUUUGCCUGAUGUGGCGGGUGGGAAACCUGAGGAAGAGUCACCUGGUGGAGGCCCACGUAAGGGCCCAACUCCUCAAGUCCCGUACCACUGCCGAGGGAGAGUUCAUCCCUCUGGAUCAGGUAGACAUUGACGUAGGCUUUGACAGUGGCAUUGACAGAAUUUUCUUGGUGUCUCCAAUUACCAUUGUUCAUGAGAUUGAUGAGGACAGCCCAUUUUUUGAGCUGAGCAAGCAGGAGUUGGAAACGUCAGAGUUUGAGAUUGUGGUGAUCCUCGAGGGCAUGGUCGAGGCCACAGCCAUGACUACUCAGUGUCGGAGCUCCUAUAUUGCCAGCGAGAUCCUCUGGGGCCACCGCUUUGAGCCAGUGCUCUUUGAAGAAAAGAACUACUAUAAAGUGGACUAUUCUCGCUUUGACAACACCUAUGAGGUGCCCAGCACGCCCAGCUGUAGUGCCAGGGAACUGGCUGAGAAGAAGUCCACUGCCUCUAGCUCGAGGAACUCCUUUUGUUAUGAGAAUGAAGUGGCUCUUGAAAAAGUUGAAAUGGAGGAGGAGUUUGAGGAGGAAGAAAACAUGGUAAUGAGGGGUGUUGAGGUUUGUGCACUUGAGGACAGAAACACAGAUGAGGUGUUAGACUCUGAAUGCAACCUUGACUCUUUGCCUUUAGAGUCAAGGCCUUUGACGGCAGAAUCAGAAAUAUGACCCCAGGUUAAAAACUGUCGCAGGGUACGUGAAGUUUCAUAUGACUUGGGUCUCGAUUGCUGUGUUUGAAAAUACAGGGCAAAUAAACCCUGCAAUUUGAGUAUGAACUUCUCAGUAUGCAGAAGCUCUCACAUGAAACAACACGUAGAGACAAAUGUGUUGUGUAUGGUGAAAGUGGUGAGAGAUUAACUGGUUGCAUGGUGCCAGAGGAAUAAAAUGGGAUAGAUGCCUUCGCUAAUACACACUGUGGAGUUUGUUUCCGUGCACAAUGCAGAAUAUUAUCCACGGUAAAACAUUUUACUAGAAUAGUCAGUUCAUUUAAUGACUAAAUUUGCCUAUUUAAUCAAUUGCAUAUUCCCAGUUUGCACUUUUUGCAUGUGGUUCAUCUAUGGUGUAAUACCUCAUCCUUGUGGAAUAAAUGUCACAAGGCUGUGAUUAGCUAGACUAAUUAUAUAUAUAUAUAAUUUUAUAUAUAUAUAAAUAAAAAACAAGGAUUUAUUUGAAUCGCAGGUUUUCAUCAUUCUUUCCAGCAACAACCUAAACCUAUGAGUUUUUAAUCACAAAUUUAAUUACAACAUUUUUGUUUAACAGGCUAUAACAUUUUUACAAGUUCAACCACCAUUAAAUAAACAAGGUAUCAUUUGUUAAUGAGCUGGUCUCUUAGCAAAGUUUAUUUGCAGUAUUCUUCAAUGUGUUGGUCUGAAAGCUCGAUUGAGGAAAAUUAUGUCUUGCACAGAUUACGGGCAUAAGUACACUGCUGUCCUCAACCUAUCAUCUUGUCUAUAGAGCAUCUCUUGCAAUGUGUGCCUUAACAGAAGUCUUAGUCCCAGUAGAGGCACUCAGGUGGUUUGGCUUCGACUACGCACACAAUGCAUUAGAUGUAAAGCAGAAGAAGUAGCAUUAAGAUGUGAUUCAUUGUGCAAUAUACUGCCACUUCUUACAGGUCUUUGUGUUGUAAUGUGCAAUACUGUUCAGUGGUGGAAAGUGACAGGAAGCUCAACCUUUAGCCAAGGCUAUGAAUGUUGAUGACAGCUGCUGCUAAGUUACAUAUUGUAUGUCAGACAGAAAUCUAGAAGCCAAAAUGUAUUAUUUGUGUUUUAAAGCGUUUUGAAGUUUGCCGAUGCAGCCUAUAGUUUUAUUUCUAGCUAUAGACAAGCAUGACUCUUGUCGGUGUGUUUUCCAAAGCUUUAGCGCACUUUUUUCCUCACUUGAGAUUUUUCCUCCCAGUAAGAGCAGUAACUGUGUUAUUUCCCUAAAAGCCAGAUGUGCACAUAUUAAUAAGAGGCAACUGUAACACAUGUGUUAGUUAAUUGGAAACUUGAACUGUUCCUCAUCUAAAAGAGCUUGGCUUUUGAAACACUGAAUUAUUUGAAUAGCUUUUUAACAUGUUAUUUUAACAUCAGUGUUCUUGGCAACUUGGGAGAUUUGCAGAAUUUGGACACCUCCUUUUUAACCUUCUAGCUUCCUUACUGUGGGUCUUGUGAAGUUAUUUGUUAUUUCUGAAUGGACCCAUGCUUUGUCUUAUGAAAGAUCAGGACUAAUAAUUCACUUACAAUCAGAAAUCCUGGCCGGAUGGAGAGGGCUUGACUUCAGUCUUACAUAACAUUAAGCUUUACCUAUUACUCUAGGAGUUAUUAUGACACAUUCGAGCGUGGAUAAUGUCAGUGGAUGCCAGAACACUGUAAUGCUUUUUUGGUAAGGAAAUCUCACAUGGGCGCUUCUCCUGUCUUAGAUUUUUAUUUUUCUACCAGGGUCUUCCCACCUUCCUGCACAAACCACAGACUGAACAGAUUUUUUUUUUUAUCUUUUGUAAAUUAUAAUGCAAAUACUGUAUACUGAUAUUGCAGUUGUUGAAAACAGUUUGUCCUUUU